AUGCCACCCCCCACCGCCUCCCACGCCAUGCAGACCCCGGCCUCCAGCAAGAGCCAGGACGAUGGUGUCUACCCCUUGCCCCUGUCCGAGCCCCUCGCCUCCCUCAGGCAAUCCCUGGACCUUGAUGGGUCGCUGGAGGAUCCCGGCACCCCCUCCGCCGCCACGGGGACGGUCAACCCCAUCCAUGCGGUGCUGACCCAGCCGGGUGCCUGGCGCCGGCGCUGGACCAUCGUGUCCCUCUGCUUCGUGGCCUUCAUGCUGUGCAACAUGGACCGCGUGAACAUGAGCAUCGCCAUCCUGCCCAUGGCAGAGCAGUAUGGCUGGUCCUCCAUGACCACGGGCCUCGUCCAGUCCUCCUUCUUCUGGGGCUACCUGCUGACCCAGGUGGCAGGCGGCGUGUGGGCUGACAAGUACGGCGGCAAGCUGGUGCUGGGCCUGGGGGUGCUGUGGUGGAGCUUGGCCACGGCGCUGACCCCCGUGGCAGCGCACAUGGGCCUGCCGGCCCUCCUCCUGGCCCGCGCCUGCAUGGGUGUGGGGGAGGGCGUGGCCAUGCCCGCCAUGAACACCCUGCUCUCGCGCUGGGUUCCCGUGGCGGAGCGCUCGCGCUCACUGGCCCUGGUCUAUUCCGGUAUGUACACCGGGUCGGUGCUGGGGCUCGCCGCCACGCCCCACCUCAUCCACACCGUGGGCUGGCCCACCGUGUUCUACGCCUUUGGCCUGCUGGGUGUGGUGUGGGCGGUGGUCUGGAGGGCGCGCGCCGCCUCAUCCCCGGGCCAGGACCCCUUCAUCUCCGACGCCGAGCGCGAGUUCAUCUCGGGCGGCGUCGCCGAGCAGGCGAGCGGGCGGGAGGAUAGGGUGGCUGGCAUCCCCUGGCGGCGCCUGCUCAGCGAGCGCAGCGUCUGGGCGCUCAUCGUUUGCCACUUCUGCCACAACUGGGGUACAUUCAUCCUGCUCACCUGGAUGCCCAGCUACUACAACCAGGUGCUGGGCCUUGAUCUGCGUGCCUCGGGCUUCUUCUCCGUCCUGCCCUGGAUCACCAUGGCCAUCUCGGCCAACAUCGGCGGCUGGCUGGCCGACACGCUAAUCGCGCGGGGGGUGUCGGUCACCACGGUGCGCAAGGUCAUGCAGACCAUCGGCUUCCUGGGCCCCGCUUUCUUCCUGACCCAGCUGGGCCGCGUGCACACCGUGCGCGGCGCCGUGGCCUGCAUGAUGGCCAGCCAGGGCCUGGACGCCUUCUCGCAGUCAGGGCUGUACAGCAACCACGCCGACAUCGGGCCGCGCUACGCCGGCGUGCUGCUGGGCCUGAGCAACACGGCGGGGGUGCUGGCGGGGGUGCUGGGCACCGCCGCCACGGGGGCCAUCCUGCAGAGCACGGGCAGCUGGGACCAGGUGUGGGGUGUGGCGGUGGGCCUGUACCUCAUCGGCACCGUGGUCUGGAACCUGGCCUCCACGGGGGAGCGCGUGUUCGACUGA